GGGUUUACUCUCUCCCGUUCGACUCGACUUCAGAGAGGACCGUCCUUACCGCCCGCGCGACGAAACGAGCUCCCGCUUUUUAUCGAUGGGAGGAGUUGUUGUUGCUCUGUUUUUGGCCACCGAAACUAACAGCUCAACUGAAACAAGAAAACACACAAAACACAACAAAGAAAUAAAAUCAAGUCACAAACAUGUCUUCGCUAAGAAGUAAAUCCGCGCAGGACAUUAGCGACCUGCUGGAUGAAUACGGGAUAAAGCACGGGCCUGUGGUCGACUCCACCAGAAGUCUGUAUGAGAAGAAGCUAAAAGAGGCCAUGGCCAAAGGGAAGAAAGGGAAACCAUCACCUGACAAAACCUACUACAGAGAAGAGGAGGAGGAAGUCACCUAUGAAUACAGGACACCUGUCAGGAGUGACGGUGCAGGAGACAGUGGGUCUUACAUGAGGUCAAGACCAGAGUGGAGUGAGAGAGAAUUUGAACACGAGACAUCCUACUCCAGCUACUUAAGGUCAAAGCCUGAAUACAGAGGAAAGGAUUUCGUUGAUGAGCCCGCCAUGUACGACACGCCGUCCACUUACAGAAACUCCUAUUUGAACUCGACGCCCAUGAAAUCUCAAGAUGCUCCAAAGGCACCAAAGUCGUCUCGCCUCAUCCCAUUGUGGGUUCAGUUUGCGUUCUUCCUGGCUGUGGCAGUCUUCCUCUACUUAGUUUUUUCCAGUAUGGAGACAAAUGAAUCCCUCAAAGGAAUAGAAUGAUUUUCUCUGAUUUUAAUUCAUGCUCAGUUUUAAAAGGAUAUUAUACUUUAUUGUGCAUUUUCAUUGAAUGAAUGUGUUUUGGUUAAUGCCUUUAUUUUAGACAUUGCUGAUUUGGGCUUUAUGCAAUAUUUCUUUGCUUUAUAAUUGCAGUUUAUUUGCUUUCUUUUGUUUAUAGGUUAAACUGUCACCCAGCUUCACUGCUAGAAUAGAUGCCAUUUUAAAGGGUUAUAUCACUCAAAAUUACACAGAAUCCUUCUUCCUAUUACCUGGUUUCAUUGUGAUCUGUUGAAAGUUUUGGAGAUCAUCAUCAACCGCUCCUCCACAGCACAGUGCACCCACCGGUGUUUGGCUUGCACUACCGAAUAGGUCAAGAAAUUGCAUUUAAAACUCACUCCAAAUAUUAUGCUACAGUUGCAGAGUAAAUAUACACAGAUCUUGAUGUCAACAAAUUAAGGUCAGUAGAUUAUCACAAGAUGUCUCAUAUUAAGAAAGAGACAUUUUGAUGUUGACUGAGUUUUGUUUGGCACAUGAAGCAUCACAAACUGCAAACAAGAUGCCAGUCAUCUCCGUUGUACUGUGGUGAGCCUGAGCCAUUCCUAUCUACUGUAAGCCUCAGCGAUUCACAGUGAAUCAAUCUGAAUGGGAAGAUCACACUUCAUCAAAAUCAAAAAAUUGGACAGCUAAUCUCUCAUUAAACGCCAUAGACCAUUGUAUAAAUUUGAGAUUCCAUCAAGAAAACUUGUGAAAUUUCACCAGAUCUUGAGCAACUUUUGGGACAAAAUGUGUCUUUAUUUCAAACACCCGGACUCACAGUGUAUUAAUCAAUCUGCAGGUCAGUAUCCAAUGUAUUUUUUUUUCUCAGUAUUACAGUACCUGUUAAUAAGGGGGAGUCUAUGAUUCUGUGUAUAUUGUUAAUAUGAAGAUUGACCAAAAGAAUCUUGCAACCUACAAAGUUUACAUUAUCUUGGGGUACAACAAUAGUACAACUUCCUUUUGUUAGUUAUUAGAAAUAACUAAUACAGCACAGCUGGGACAGUUUUCAGACCAGCUGUAAUACGUAAAGUGCCUCAGUGGUUUUGUAAAAUUAUUGGGAUGUAAUUAUUGAUGUUUUCAUUGUUAAGUAGUUGGGGAAAUGUUUGGUUACACUUGACUGUAAGGUAUCUACAUAAGAGUGACAUGACACUGUCAUGAACGUGUCACAAACAAGUCAAACGUUUAUGACAUAGCGCUUCUUUUACUAGGUGUCAUUCAGUUUUUGUAAUGACAACAGUCAUGACAACUUAUGGUUAGAGUUCAUGUGUUCAUGACAGUGUCAUGUCACUCUUAUGUAGAUACCUUCAAGUAAAGUGGUACCAAAUGUUUAAGUUCAUGUGAAAAUAUGAAAUUGAACAGUUUAUGAGCUGUAAUGAGGUUUGUUCUUUUUUCGGUAGAGAUGUCACACAUUUGUACUACAUAAUCCAACCUUUACAUCCUGUAGAAGUUUGAUGUGAUGUUUUUUGUAUUGCUGUUAUAUAACUCAAAAAUAUUAAAGAGUUGGUAUAUGUAAACAUUUUAAGCGCCACAUAACUCAAGAGCAACAAUACAUUUUAAACAUCUAAAUAAUUGGUUAUUAAAAUAAAUGAAUUAUUAUAUGCA